CACGAGUGGUGGAGAAAUCGCACGCGAGAAAGUAGCUCUGGUGGCGUGACCCGAGAGAGAGUUGUCGCAGUUCACGGGUAGAGUGUGUGUUGAGAGUGAAAAGUGCGAAAUGUCCACAGGAGGGGCUCCCAACCCGUCCGCCUCGUCGGCCCAGCUGGCGGCGCCCCCGCUGCCCACUGUGCAGUCCUCGGCAUCCCUGAAUGCGUCCACUGGGGCCACUGUGGGCUGGCCGAACAGCAAGGAUGACUACGAGUUGAAGGAGGUGAUCGGAGUGGGGGCCACGGCCGUCGUGCACGGCGCCUUCUGCGUGCCCCGAAACGAGAAGUGCGCUAUCAAGCGCAUCAACCUGGAGAAGUGGAACACGUCGAUGGAUGAGCUGCUGAAGGAGAUUCAGGCCAUGUCGAGCUGCAAUCACGAGAACGUCGUCACGUACCACACGUCCUUCGUGGUGCGCGAGGAGUUGUGGCUGGUGCUGCGGCUGCUGGAGGGCGGCAGCUUGCUGGACAUCAUCAAGCACAAGAUGAAGACGACCAACUGUCGCCACGGCGUCUUCGACGAGGCCACCAUCGCCACGGUCCUGAAGGAGGUGCUCAAGGGCCUGGAGUACUUCCACAGCAACGGCCAAAUCCACCGCGACAUCAAGGCCGGCAAUAUCCUCAUGGGCGACGACGGGACGGUGCAGAUCGCGGACUUUGGGGUGAGCGCCUGGCUGGCCACGGGCAGAGAUAUGUCGCGCCAGAAAGUGCGCCACACUUUCGUGGGCACGCCCUGCUGGAUGGCGCCCGAGGUCAUGGAGCAAGAUCACGGGUACGACUUCAAGGCGGACAUCUGGUCGUUCGGCAUCACAGCCAUUGAAAUGGCCACGGGCACGGCGCCGUAUCACAAGUACCCGCCCAUGAAGGUGCUGAUGCUGACGCUGCAGAACGAUCCGCCCACGCUGGACACGGGCGCUGACGAGAAGGAUCAGUACAAGGCGUACGGUAAGACCUUCCGGAAGAUGAUCGUGGAGUGCCUGCAGAAGGAGCCGUCGAAACGGCCCACGGCCAGUGAGCUGCUCAAGCAUCCGUUCUUCAAGAAGGCCAAGGACCGCAAGUACCUGACCCAGACCCUACUCGCGAAUGGGCCGAGCAUGGAGACGCGGGUGAUUAAGGCGGCCAAGCGGCAGCCCGGCACGUCGGGUCGUCUCCAUCGGACUCUGACGGGUGAGUGGGUGUGGUCCAGCGAGGAGGAGGACAACGGUGGAUCGAGUAGCAAGCAGUUCAGCGACUCGGAGGACGAGGAUCGGCCCAUGAAUCGUCUGGAGCUGGUGGACUCCUCUGACAGCGAGCACGAGGAGGUGUCCGAGACGUCGCAGCGCACCGAGCCGCCACUGGACGACUUGCCGCCCGUGAACUUGGUGCUGCGGAUGCGCAAUCCCAAUCGCGAGCUGAACGACAUCCGCUUCGAGUUCGCGGUGGGAAAGGAUUCGGCUGAGGGCAUCGCGACGGAGCUGGUGGGCGCUGGCCUGGUGGAUAGCAGGGAUAUUGUGGUGAUGGCGGCGAAUCUGCAGAAGCUGAUCGACAGUCGUCAGCAGACGAAUAGUGUCACCUUCCUCCUCAACUCGGGCUAUGGGUCUAGUGAGGUGCCCGACGAGAAGUCCCUGAUCGGCUAUGCCCAGAUUUCCGUCACGGACUAAUAAGUAUAUAGAAAUAAAAUAAUAUUCAACAUAGUUGACGAAUUGCGUGUGCCUCUUUUCACGGAUGGGCCCCGAAACACUGGAAAAAAUAGAGUCUAUGUCUCCCAAAAUAAGUAAUAAAAAAAAACCAAUUGUGUAUUUAUAAUCCCGACUGAGCUUUUGGCCAUUUGACUCAUGUUCGGCUUCAAGUUCAACGGAAACCGUGUAGGAGAAAUCAGAGCGAAUGCUGAGGGAAAAUCCAAAGUGUAUUUUUGUACUGCACAGUGUAGAGAGUAAGAGAUAGAGAGGAGAGCAAAAAAAGAGUGAGCGAUAGAGCUGAGGAAAAAGCAAGGUUGAGAAGAGAGGCAGAGGCAAAAAGAAGUUGAUUAGUAGUUAUUCUUAACCUGGAAUAAGAUGAUGUAGUGAAUGGAGAGGACAAGAGACGCAUGUUAAAUCGAUUGCAGAGUGGAUUUGCAAUGCAAUGUACUUGAGGCACGUCUCGUGGAGCAUCUAAAUACACACCAUCUGUGUCUAUUUGCACAGAGUGAGAGCGAGGUGGCAAAGAUAAGUGAGAAAUACGCGAAUGUGACGUCGGCUUAAUAUUUAAAUUGUAUAUUAUAGAAUGAGUGCAAUGUCAUAUAAGAGCCGUUUAUUUAUAGAAAAUUUAUAUUGAAACAGAGAGGUUUUUAGUCCCAUAUAAUCGUAGUGAGCGCAAGAAAAAUAUAUCAAAAUAUUAAAUACACUUUCAAGUAUAUGAUAUUCUCGCUUCAAUCUCUUUAUCACUGGGCAAAUUUGUUGGACAGUCAUUUUACAAAUAUUGAGGAAGUGGUGAGAAAAAGUCCUGAAGAGAGAGAGAGAGAGAGAGAUUAACUGUCUUAGAUUCGUGCUGAAUCGCAUUCCAAAACAAUUUACAAUUCUGUAAAGAUUCUCUGCAGUGUUUUUUUUCUUGAAAUUUCUCCCAAAUAAAAAUGUGUUUUUGCAGAUUUUAUAUUUUUUUUCGACAUUAAGUAAGGAAAAAGAGAGUCAGAAUUAUCAAAGUGUGGCGUAGAAUCAGCAGAAGAAUACAAAAAAAAGAAGAAAUGAUUUGUAAGAGUGUGGCGAGACAGUAAAUCAACAGGGAUGAAAAUUUGCCAAAAUGUUUAUCGAAAUGAGAAUGAAUUUUGCGAUAAAUUAUAUUAUUUUUGCAAACGCGCCCAAGAAUGAGAUUCUGUCGAGGCGGGUUUUCAAGCAUUGAAAUGAUUGCCAAUUAACAUAAAUAUUUAAUUACAAUUUUCACAUGAAAGUUUAGGAGGCGCAAGAAAGAUUUGUCUCUUCACUCACAGAACGUGAUGAAUGGCCUUAUUGGAACUCAACACGAAUGUUAUUUUAAUUUACUUGCAGACAGCAUUAAAAAAAUGAGUUUUUUUGUCUCUGCUCUUUGACGAUAUAUUCCACCUUUUUGCCUUGGUAGACGAUUCAGCAAUUUUCUGUGAGCUGGAAGUUGACGAGGGAAAAAGUGUGUGUGUGUGUGUGUGAAGUGAAGGAGAAAAAUUGUUAUGUUUAUUAAGAUGUGUUUGAUAUUAUUUUGCAAAAUCAAUUUUUGAGAUGAGAGAAGAAAGAACGGCGAUGUUCUUGUAUUUAUUUGCCUAGCAAAUUUAUGGUCUUGUGAGCACAUGCUUGGGUGUGGAAGUCGUUGUGGGGGGACAUAAAAUCGACCCCAUUGUAAUUAAUAUUCAUCGAUUUUGCCGUCAACAUGACUUCUUUGGUGGCGGCGGAGUUGGAAAAAAAAGAAUGCGUCGCCCAUCAAAUGAAUUGUGGCCAAUCGAAGUCAUUUGAUCAAUUUAUUCUGGAGGCGCGCGCGUUUGGCAGAGAAAUUUCUCUGCUCGCGGCGCUCUAAAGUCAAUUUGGGUGUAAAUAUUGUCCAGAAAGUUCUACACAAAUUCCCAUAUCAAGCAUGCGGGCUAUCAGUUGACCUUGUGCGCCAUCCCAAAUUCUUCUAAUCAGCACCGCAUUUUCUCUAAAUGGCUGAAACUUGGGGACUUUCCCGCGAGAGGCUAAUUGAAUUGAAGCGCAUUUACAGACAAGCAAAUAUUCACUCGAAAUGUGGCUCGAGGCGAAAAAGGGCACGUGAGGUGAUAAUAAGUUCGAAUUACCUGAAUUUUUCGCGCUCGUGCGCUCAGUGAGAGCAAAAAAUGUCUUGAGCAAUUAUUUGUGAGACGAGAGUUGAGUGGAUUUUCUAGAUAAUCGAUUAAGUUGAUUUGCUAUUCAAUUAUCUUCUCUCUGAAGCGCUCUUACGUCAAUUUCGCUGUACACGCGAGAAUGUGUGAGAAAAAAUGAAGCAGAUUUAAUGGUGGGAUUUUUCAUCUUAAAUCCAGAACCUUUUCAACUCGGCUGACUACAAUAUUCUGACUCGCUCUCAGGCCUCGAGGUGGGAUCAAAGAGUGAGAAACUCAUUCAUCAAUUAAUAAUGCAAUUAAAUAGUUGCGAUCACACGACUUCCUCGGCUGUCAAGCCCAUGAAUCAGUCACAAGACCAUCAAUUGCGCGGCUGGCGAUAAGAAGAGAAGCCUGGCGCUCCAGGCGGAACGGAAGCAUCACGAAUGUUAGGCAUAGUUUGAUGAGCAAAUAAAAUGUGAAGAGAAAGCCUUGAGUCUGUUCCUCU